GUUUUGACAUAUGCUCAGCAGUCGAAGGAACAGGCCAGCAUAGAACAAGACAAACUUGCCAAAAGAAUCCAAGAGUUCAGGACACAAGCUGAGCUUAAUCAUAUGCGGGGAUCCAGUAACCUUGGUACUUCAACUAGUUCUAUAGCCUCAAAUGGUGUUGGUAUGAAUUCAGACAAAAAUAUAGAAGCAAUUAUGCAGUCCAGUGCAGAAGGAGCGGUCCAAACUAUUAAGCAGGGAUAUCUUUUGAAAAGAUCUUCCAGUUUGAGGGCAGAUUGGAAGAGACGGUUCUUCGUACUUGACAGUCUUGGCAAUUUAUAUUAUUACAGGCUCAAGGGUGCACAGAUGGGCUCCCCGUCAUCUCAUCCCUCCGGUGUUGACAACAAUAGUAGUGUAUUUGGCAGAUUCCGGACAAGGUAUAGGUCGUCAUCCCUUGGAGAGGAGAAUUUAGGCUGUCGUACUGUUGAUCUUCAUACUUCUACAAUAAAACCUGAUGCGGAGGACACAGACCUGAGGCUUUGCUUCAGAAUUAUUUCGCCAUUAAAAACUUAUACAUUGCAGGCUGAAAGUGAAGCUGAAAGAGUUGACUGGAUGAAUAAAAUCACCGGAGUGAUUGCGUCCCUUUUGAAUUCUCAUCUACAUAAGUUUGAUCCUAGUAAAAAUGACGUUGAUAGUAGCAACGGUACCUAUGCUGCUUCUUUAAAUGUUCAAGGGGCUGUUAGUGGCGAAAAUGCACUAGCUACCAUGAGAGUCAAUCAGGCCGAUUCUGUUUCUAGGAUUCUCAGAGAAGUUCCUGGAAAUGACACGUGUGCUGACUGUGGUGCUUCAGAACCUGAUUGGGCAUCUCUAAAUCUUGGUAUCUUAAUUUGCAUAGAAUGCUCGGGAAUUCAUCGGAACCUUGGUGUUCAUAUCUCAAAGGUCAGGUCCAUCACGUUAGAUGUCAGGGUUUGGGAGCCUACCAUCUUGGAUCUAUUUCGCACAUUGGGUAAUUCUUACUGUAACUCGGUGUGGGAGGAGCUGCUUCUACUUCCAAGUGGCAGAUCAACAAAUGUUGAUUCUAUUCAAUCUGUUUCCAAGCCAAGCCCGAAAGAUGGCUUUCAUGAAAAGGAGAAGUACAUUUUGGCAAAGUAUGUUGAAAAGCAGGUUGUGAAUAAAGAAGCUCUUGCACCGUACAACAACAAUCGUGCCACCAGCAUCUGGGAAGCAGUUAGGAGUAAUAAUGUGAAGGAAGUCUAUCGAAUUAUUGUAAUGUCAGAUGUGAAUAUAAUCAACACUACCUAUGAUGAGGUCAAAGGUGCUAAAAUAUACCAUGAAAUUCAUGAAAAUGAUUCAAAAUUAGGCUUUGAUGAUUCCAAAAAGAAACAUCAAAACCCAGCAGGCUGUCAGGACAUCAAGCUUUGCCGUCAAGGAUGUUCUUUGUUACAUCUCGCAUGCAACGAUGACAGUCCAGUGAUGCUUGAACUUCUUCUGCAAUUUGGUGCAGAUAUAAAUAGGCGUGAUUUUCAUGGAAGGACUCCUCUACAACAUUGUAUCUGCACGGGGAGACACCACUUGGCAAAAUUUUUGCUUAGAAGAGGUGCCCGUGCAUCGAUCAAGGAUUACGGUGGACUCAGUGUGCUGGAAAGGGCCAUGGAGAUGGGUGGAAUCAAAGAUGAGGAGUUAUUUGUCCUGCUUACCAAGAGUGAGUGAAAUGGGCAAUUUUUUUCAAUUGGCAACUCCUCAGCUUCCAACUUCUUUAAAUUGUAAAGCAUGUUGUUCAUUAAAUGCUUACUAUUUUCUCCUCUAAUAUUUGAAAUUCAAUUUGUCUCUCCCUCUCUCUGGUUUACGUUGUUGAUGUUUGGUGAAGUUCCGAAAGAAACAAGAACCAGUGCAGUGUUCACAAAUCCUUUUUUGACAUUGUUAGUUUUUGAAACAACCAUUCUAGAUGUUAAGAGUAAAAAGUUGUAAACCUUCCUGAAUGAAACUGGAAGUUUGCUUUUUCAUCA